CUGCCAGUCUGCCACUGCGUUACCCACCCACCCUUCCUCCUCCUCUAAGGUUGUCUUCUCAUUGUCCUCCUUUCAUAUGAGCAGAGCUCAGCGAACCUGUGUUGAAGUAAAAGGAACCACAUUUUUCGUCCUUUUCCGUUUACCUGCCUAUUAAUGUUUCUUCCGCCAGUCUGAUUCCUAAUCGUUUUUUCGCUUUAAGAUUUGCUCUUAUUCCCUUUUUUGGGUCGGUAGGUUUGGGUCCACUUGACAGCGUUUCUAGAAUUUUUGGCUCCCCCUAAAUUGGUAGCAAUUUCCGCAUCGUAGUGAUCGAUGGGUGGUAAGAGGAAAAAGAACAACGGGGAUGGUGGUGAAUCGUCCUUGCCUGAUGGCGGCGAAGGGGAUAAGAGCAACAAGAAAACAAAGAUGGAAGUGCUUCCGUCGAUGAUCAAGAACAAGGAAAAGAGGUCGGCGGUGCACGUGAAGCUUAAGCACCAAAAGAAACUUGAGAAGCGUAAGAAGGCUAAGGUUCGAGAAGCUGCUGAGAAAAGAGCUCUCGAGCUAGGAGAGGAGCCUCCGGAGAAGAAGGUGCCUCGUACUAUUGAGAACACUAGGGAGGCCGAUGAGACUGUUUGUAAGCCUGAUGAUGAAGAGCUAUUUGCUGGAAAUGAUUGUGAUGAAUUCAGUACAGUUUUAAAACGACAACAGACUCCCAAGAUAUUAAUCACCACUUGCCGUUUCAAUUCUACGAGGGGGCCGGCUUUUAUAUCAGAUUUACUUUCAGUUAUACCAAAUGCACAUUAUUACAAGAGAGGAACCUAUGAUUUAAAGAAGAUUGUAGAAUAUGCAAAGAACAAGGACUUCACAUCUAUUAUAGUUGUUCACACAAAUCGCCGGGAACCAGAUGCUCUAUUAAUCAUUGGCAUACCUGAUGGGCCUACUGCACAUUUCAAGCUUUCAAGGCUUGCUUUACGCAAAGAUAUCAAGGGUCAUGGAAAUCCAACCAGUCACAAGCCUGAGCUAGUUCUAAAUAACUUUACAACACGUCUAGGGCAUCGAAUUGGAAGGUUAAUACAGUCACUUUUCCCCCAAGAUCCAGAAUUUAAAGGUAGACGAGUAGUCACUUUCCACAACCAGCGAGACUUCAUCUUCUUCCGGCAUCAUCGGUACAUUUUUGAAAAAAAAGAAGUCAAGAAGGCUGACUCCAAGGCCAACAAGACCAAGGAUUCCAAGGGGGAGGAUGUUCCUCAAACUAAGACAAUUGCCCGCCUUCAGGAAUGUGGUCCUCGUUUCACAUUGAAGUUGAUGAGCCUGCAGCAUGGAACGUUUGACAGCAAGGGUGGAGAAUACGAGUGGGUUCACAAGCCUGAAAUGGACACAAGCCGUAGGAGGUUUUUCUUGUAACUGGAUUGGAGCACUGCAAUUCACUAUUCAGACGUCGUUUUUCUGGGAAGAGGUGUCUUUUUGUUCAAGGGAACUGGUUAUCGUGCGCAUGGUGUUGCAAUCUUUAGAAACAAAAGGGCUAAUGCUAUCUUAAUCUGACAUUAUUUUUUGAAUCAGAGUUCAAUUUUGACUGCAGAGCAUGUCGUGGGGGCAUAGAAAAACUAAAUUAGCUGAGAAAAAUUCAUGUUAGUUGUAAUCCAUAGCCUAUUUACAUUCUUUAAGUUACACCCCUUCUCUAUGUUCUUUUGUAGUUUUGUUGUAAAAUGGAUUAUUUGCUGUAUUUGUUCACCUGCUCUUACAUUUA